CUUUUAGCCACUUGCAGUUGUGAAACUUAUCAAUAAUUUUAUUCCUUUGGUUUGAUUCAAAAAGUCGCAUGGGCAGCAACAAAGUUCAAGUAGGAAUGUUGAAAAUGCAUGCAAGAGAAGUGUACGAUGAUGUUUCUCACUUCGAAAGGAGAGAAACGAGAGGCAUGAGGGUCAUGCCGAGGAGAGAGAGAGAGGGAGAGGGAAGUUGGUGAGAGGAUAACAAAGAGGAAUAAACUAAAAGAUUGAAACCCUAGACCCCAAGUCGCCAUCGCAGCCAACCCGUAGCCAUGGUUGUGAUUUUCUUUUCUAUGUGGAUGGACCAGAAACGAUGACAGAGAUUAAGGAAUUGGAUGAAUUUUUUAUGGUUUUUUAAUAAGGUCAGAAGAAGGCCCAGUUGACAACAGACUGGGAGCCGGAAAACCAGCAGGCAAAAUCGGAUGAGACCCACCACGGGAGGAAUUUCUUUAGCUUUUCUUUAAAGAUAUGAUAUUUAUAAGGCCAAUUAUUCUCCUCAUCUUUUCUAAUUAAUGCAUGAUUAGGUUCCAAAUGGCAUAAUAUAUUGUACGUGCCUUCGUACUGGUGAACAUGGUUACAUUCAAUUGAUUAAGGUUUGGGGAUUCGCUGAUUGGAUUUCGUACUUAAAUGCUCCCUUUGCUCGACUUUCAGAUUCGUGUCAAAUGGUCUUAAUUAAUUGCUGCCGCAGCAAUGCCCUCUCAAUGUGUGCGUUUGUUUGUAAUCUUGGUUUGUUCUGUUUCUGCUCUAUGUAUGGGGCUUCCUGCAGAGCCCAGCUUGGAGAUAGAAAUUAAAGCUUUGAAGGCCUUCAAGAAUUCAAUUUGUAGUGACCCAUUUGGUGCACUUGCAGAUUGGAAUGACACAAACCAUCACUGCAACUGGUCUGGCAUUGCCUGUGAUCCUUCCUCAAAUCAUGUCAUUUCCAUAUCCCUGGUUAGAAAAAACCUUCGAGGUAAAAUCUCCCCAUUCCUUGGAAACAUUACCAGCCUCCAGGUUCUUGAUCUAACUUCAAACUCUUUCAUGGGGCACAUCCCAACUCAGUUGGGACAUUGCUCUCAGCUUUUAGAGCUAACUCUUUAUGGCAAUUCUCUUUUGGGUUCCGUCCCACUAGAAUUAGGAAAGCUUGGCUACCUGCAAUCCAUGAAUCUAGGUAGUAAUCUCUUAAAUGGAAGCAUUCCUGAAAGCAUUUGCAACUGCACAUCCUUGAGAGAGCUUGACACCAGCUCCAAUAAUCUCACGGGCACUAUCCCAAUAGGCAUUGGAAAUUUAGCCAAUCUGCAAUCUUUAGACUUGAGUCAAAACAAAUUAUCGGGGGCCAUACCUCGGGAAAUUGGGAAUUUGUCAAACUUGCUGUUUAUUUACUUGUCUGAAAAUAUGCUUGUUGGAAAAUUUCCAUCUGAACUAGUUCAUUGUAAGAAGCUCAUUGCUCUGAACAUAUUCUGCAAUUUCGUCACCGGGAGUAUUCCAUCAAACAUCAGUUCACUUCAAAAUUUGAAGAACCUAUCUAUGGGUUACAACUUUCUCGAGGGAUCCAUUCCCUCUAGCAUUUCCAAUUGUACCAAUCUUAUCCAGAUAGCUGCAGGUGCUAACAGAUUAGUUGGGAAAAUUCCUUGGGAUUUAUGGAAGCUGCAGAGCCUAGCAUCCCUUACUCUUGGGCCCAACAUGAUAUCAGGGGAGAUUCCAGACUUGCUAUUUAACUGUUCAAACCUUAAUAAACUUGAUUUAUCUGAAAACAAUUUGCAGGGAAUGCUGAGGCCAGGCAUUGGCAGACUCUUUAGUCUGCAGAUUUUAAAAGUCCAUAGAAAUUCAUUGUCGGGGCCAAUUCCACCAGAGAUUGGCAAUCUAAGUCAAUUGAUCUCCUUAGACCUUGGUAUGAACAACUUUUCAGGCAUAGUUCCCUCUGAGCUAUCAAAACUCUCUCUCCUCCAAGGUCUUCUUUUGCAUGAUAACAUGCUAGAAGGUGCAAUUCCUGAGAAAAUUUUUGACUUAGCACGACUGACUGAUCUACAGCUGCAGCAUAACAUGUUCACAGGUGCCAUUCCAGAUGCACUCUCUAAUCUUAGGGUUCUUUCAAACUUUAACCUCAAUGGAAACAUGCUUAAUGGGUCCAUCCCAAAAAGUUUGGCUUGUCUCAGUGGAUUGAUGGCAUUGGAUCUCUCUCAUAACUAUCUGACAGGAUCCAUUCCUGGGUCUGUGAUUGCGGGUAUAACGAGGAUGCAGAUACUUCUGAACUUCUCGUACAACCUUUUGACUGGAGCCAUUCCAGAUGAGCUUGGUUUGUUGGAAAUGGUACAGGCCAUCGAUGUCUCAAACAAUAAGCUUUCAGGAAGCAUUCCUGAAACAGUUGGAGGCUGUAAAAAUUUGUUCUCACUCGAUUUGUCUGCCAACAAACUUUCUGGUGAAAUCCAAAAUGGAGCUUUUAUGCAAAUGGUAUCGCUUACCAGCUUGAACCUUUCAAGGAAUCAGUUCGAUUAUGGGAUUCCUGAAAGUUUGGGAAAUCUAAUGAAGCUUGUUUCCCUUGACCUCUCUCAGAACAGGUUCAGUGGGGUAAUUCCCGAAAGCUUUGGCAGUCUUCCCUCCUUGAAAUUUUUGAACCUUUCUUUCAAUCAACUUGAAGGACCUAUCCCAAAAACUGGCAUAUUUAGAAACAUUACUAAAUCAUCUUUAACUGGCAAUUUAGCUCUUUGUGGAGCUAAGUUUCUUAAUUACUGCAGCAAUCAAACUGCUCCACAUAAUUUCUCCAAGAGAGCUGUAAUAAUUCUCAUUGCAUUUGGAUUGACUUUUGCAUUUGCUGUUUCCUUCUUCAUUCAGUACAUUAGGAUGCAUAAAAAUAAGAAGGAAGGGGUUGAGAAUCCAGAGCCAGUAUAUAUUUCAGCAUUAGACCUCAAGAGACUUGACCAAAAGGAAUUAGAAAUGGCUACUGAUUUAUUCAGGGAAGAGAACAUUAUUGGAUCUAGCAAUUUGAGCACAGUGUACAAGGGCAAGCUAGAAAAUGGGCAGAUUAUAGCCGUGAAAAAAUUGAAUUUGCAUCAGUUCUCUUCAACUUACUUCAAAAGAGAGAUCAAUACCCUGAGCCAGUUGAAGCACAGGAAUCUGGUCAAGAUACUUGGUUAUGCUUGGGAGAGUGGAAGGCUAAAGGCUCUAAUUCUGGAAUACAUGGAGAAUGGAAGCUUGGAGAGCGUUAUCCAUGAACCUUGCGCGGAUCAUUCAAGGUGGACAUUGUCAGAGAGAAUCAAUGUUUUUGUGUCUAUUGCAAGUGCUUUGGAUUACUUGCAUUCAGGGUAUGAUUUCCCAAUAGUUCACUGUGACCUAAAGCCUUCUAACAUUCUUCUUGAUGGAGAUUGGGGGGUCCAUGUGAGCGAUUUUGGAACAGCGCGAGUGCUAGGCGUUCACCUUGAAAAUGGAGGCACCCUUUCCUCAGCGUCUGCUUUCGAAGGCACCAUAGGCUACCUUCCACCAGAGUUUGCGUACAUGAGAAAAGUUACGACAAAAGUGGAUGUAUUCAGCUUCGGUACAAUAAUGAUGGAGUUCUUGACUAAACGAAGGCCAAUAGGACUCACACAAGAGGAUGGUUUUCCAAUCACUUUGCGUCAACUCGUGGAGAAAACCCUCGCAUGUGGAAGGAACCAACUUCUUCAAGUUGUGGAUAUGAAUCUAGUUUCAAACAUUUCUUGUGAGAAGCAUGUGGAAAUAAUCAAAGAGCUCUUUCAGUUAGCAUUGUCAUGCACCUAUCCUAAUCCUGAGGAUCGGCCCCAUAUGUGUGAAUUACUGUCUUUGCUAUUGAAGCUAAAGGAGAAAGAUAGAAUGGCACAAGAUGGGAAUGAAGCCGAGAACUAGUAAGCUAGAAAUGAGUCAAAGAUUAAAAAUAGGUUAUUUGGUAUAAUUUUUGUUUUUUUUGUUUUUAUUUCAGUACAAUGAAAAAAGUAGGUAAUGAACAACAUGCUUGUUUGCA